ACACUAGCAAUCACCAAACUUUCAUCUCAAUUAAAAAAAAAUAGCAAUCAGCAAAUCGUUAAUCUUCCACCAGUUUAUCACAAUGGGAGAGAAGAAAGAGAAAGACAAUGGAAGAGACACCGUUGUGCUGAAAGCCGACUUCCACUGUGAUGGCUGCGCUUCAAACGUAAUCAAGUGCAUUCGCGCUUUUAAUGGGGUCAAGGCAGUGACGAUCGACGGCCAGAAGAUCACGGUCACGGGAAAGGUGGAUGCGGUCAAGCUCCGGCAGAAGGUCGAGCAGAAAACGCAUCAGAAGGUCGAGGUGAUUUCGCCGCAGCCAAAAAAAGACGAGAACGCCGAAAAAGAGGCAGCAUUGAGGACGGCGGUUCUGAAAUUGAAUCUGCACUGCGACGGCUGCAUUGAAAAAAUUUACAAAAUUGUGGCCAAAACUAAAGGUUAUAAGGAUGUGAAGUUCGACACACAGAAAGAUCUGGUGACUGUGAGCGGCGCCAUGGACGUGGAGGCGCUGGCUGGCGAGCUGCAGAAGCACCUCAAGAGAGACGUGGCGAUCGUGCCGCCGAAGAAAGAGAAGAGCGGUGGCGAUGGGAAAGGGAAGAGCGGAGGCGGUGAGAAUGUGCAAGGAAAAGAGCUGCAGGCUCCGCCUCACCCACACCCACACCAGCACACGAACCCGUAUCCGUUUGAAUCCGGGCUGGGUCACGCCGCUGUCGAGCCGUUUCAAUUACAAAAUCCAUAUGGGGGCCACUUCCAUGCCCCUCAAAUUUUCAGCGACGAGAACCCCAACGCUUGCACUCUUAUGUAAAUAAGAUUAUGUUUCAAGAGCUAUUAGGUCAGUUUGCUAAGCUAUUUUAGGAGUACCUCAUUUUGUUAUAAUAAACUAUUUUAAUCAUAACUGUGUUUCCAA